CACACACACAAACACAGAAACCACAGUUUUUUCACGCAGAAUUUGACAAACAUUCAAAAUUGUUAAGACUUAAUAUCUUAAUAUACAACUUAUUUGUGUUCAUAAACUGUAGAAAAAUGGUGUUUUUGUUGAAUAUGAAAUACUGUGCCAUGACAAACAACUUAUGAUGGUAAGUGCUGAACAUGAUGAUUCUGUACAUACCAGUGGCAGAGUGAGGAAGUUAAGGUGUGAGGCGACCUCAUCUUUCAGAGUGUUUGCAGGCACUUGCUCGAGACACACACAGAGUGUGAAAUAGACACUUCUCAAGAAAACGAGGAACGAAAGUAAGAAUCAGUCUAAAAUCUUUCUUGAAAAAUACCAGAAAAAACGAAACCUUUGUGUCAUCUAAGACUAAAAUCAGAGAAGCACCAUGGCCUGUGCCGAUGUCGACAUGGACAUUCAUGGAGAAGAUUAUGACUGGGCUGAGCCAUCAGAAGAUAAUUGGAAUGAGCCUCACGGAGAUGACAGGAGAGAGCCACACAGACGUGAUGGGAGAGGGGCAGACACAGACGACUGGAAAGAGCCACACAGAGGUGAUGAGAGAGAGGCACCAGUGGUCCAACAUUACCAAGCGUUAGAGUUCGUGCCAGACGAGAAAGGGCCACUGCAUGACCUGCUGCAGAAACAGCCGGCAGUGUUGGGGUCUCUGCAGAUAAUGAGCGGCCUCUUCAGUGUUGGAGUGGGAAUUAUUUUUGCUGCAACUCAGAACAUUAAUGAUUCUCUCCUCACUUUGUUCAGAGCUUCCCACCUGAGCGGGGUGCUCUUCAUCAUUGCUGGAUUUGUUUCCAACCUGUUGUUCAAAUAUCCAGGAUUACUUACUGUGUCCCUCAUGAUUAACUGCGGCUGUAUUGUUGUAGCUGUAAGUGCAAUGAUUCUGAUGUCUGUGGACCUGAUUCUAUGGGAUACAAGAUAUGCUGAGCAUUGGGGGGUGGAACUGUUCGAACUUUGUGUCGUGAUGCUCGAGGUUCUCCUCUCUGCAAUCCUCUGCUUCUGGUUCUCAAAAGAGAAACGUGCUAAAUCACCAUGAUUUAAGAUGCCGAUAUUUUUUGAGAAGAAAUCACUUAAUAUUUUAAAUGCUUGUAGAUAGACGGUUAGGGCACUGUACUGUAGUUUCUAAUAGAAGAUAUGCUGCUGUAUUAGUAAACUUUUUUUUUGUACAUGGAGGUGCGUGGCUUUCAGUUCUCUCGAUUGCCUCUAUUGGAGAUAAACCCCUGCUAAAAGCCUGGGCUGUGGUCUACGUCUGAUGUUUCACUCGGACUGAGAAAAAAAUUUGUGGUGAACAAAUGUCAGCUUCUCUCAUGCGAAGGAAAACCCACUUCUUCAUCUCUCUCAACCUCUGUGUCUGUUUGAGUAACGGUAGCAGCGAGUCUCAUAGGGCUGCUCUAUCUGUCGCUCCGCAAGGGUCUCUGUGUGGUUUUACACUUGUGCUUGGUUAUCAGUGGAAAUAUCCAUGAACUGUUUUCAGCUGCAUUCACACUUUCAGCCGGUAUCUCAGUGUCAGAGUGGCUGAACUAUGGAGAGGGUGUGUUUUGUUAUUGUAUAGACUUCAAAUGUAUAUUUUACUUGAUUAUAUCUUCUGGUAGCAAUACCUUAUUUCUUCUUAACAUAACUUUGGUAAAGAAAUGAAUACAACAUGUUUUAAACAUUUUAAUCAUCUGUACAAACUUAUCACAACACCGGACUGGCAACAAAAUAAAACAAAAGAAAUACAACA